AUGCCUCCAAAAGAAGCGAAUAAGGCGGCCAAGGAUGCCCCCGCUGCUGCUUCCCUUGCCCCACCAGCAGAGAAUGCCGCCGCCCCUCCACCAGCAGACCCGGCCUUCCCCCUACAUCUCACACACCUCACCCACCAACACACAGACGCCCUCCAGCAGGCCAUGCAACUACUCGGCGACCACUCCAACAUCUCACCCGCUGCAGCCAAACUCAUCGCUACGACGUUUCGCGGUUACCUGGACACAGCUUUCCGUUCUCUCGGCUCGUUGGCCGACCUGUCAAGUGGGGCUUCGGCAUCGUCGCUGGCAAGAGGGAUUUGCGAGGGUGUGUGGCUGACGGAGGUGCGUCAUGGCAUCGAGACGGAGGUCAUGGGCCGCGUUAUGCGGCUGAGGGACAGGGUAAGGUGGGAGACUAUGCCAGCCCUCGGUAAGAAGCUGGAGAGCCUCUCGGCGGCUGCAGAAGCGCCCUCGUCUCCCCCUGCAGCAAAGAAGGGCCAGGCUGCCCAGCCGCCGGUGCCUGAAGUGAGUGCGGAAGACAGAGAGAAGGAGAAGCGGCGGGUUGUCGAGUGCCAGGUUGCGCUGCUCCUUGCCGUGGCUGACGUAUAUUGCGCAAUGGUGAGACACAGCCUUGCUGGGGCUGCCAGCGCUGAGCAGCUGGCAAUGACGAGCCCGCUGCAUUGGGGGAGGGAGGCUUACGCUGCCAUCACUCAUGCGGAGCACCUCCUGUCGACACAGCUGCCGCAGAAGGUCUGCCCGUCUUAUCACCCUCUCCUCUUCCGCGCCGCUCUGGGAAUGAAGACCCUCGACGACACGCUCAUCGACAGCUAUCAGAUGGAGAGCUAUUCUAUGGACCCUUUCCAUCAAUUCGUAUCUUCUGCCGUCGACAGCAUUCUGAUUGAUUUCGCCGAAGAGCCCGAGGACGACAUAGAAGACGAAGUAGAGGAGGAGGAGGAAGGGGAAAGCCCACCCUCUCCCCCAGCAAUCCCACACGAAGAAGGGACGGAGACAGAGACGCACGAGGAGGGUGGGCUGGUGGGGCGGCUGGACGAGGCCGUGAGGCUGAUGGGAGCAAGUGAGCAAACGGGAGACAUGAUUGAGGAGGUGCUUGAGGUGCUGGGUGAGUGCAGGGGACUCCUACUUCAGAAGUGUCCUGCCUUGGAUGCAUGUGCGUGACCCCACCCAUGCAUUCAAUAUGCUUAUUGAUCCCUUGUGAGUACUCAUUUUCAGACAUAGUCCCGCAUUCACUCACACUC